UCUACUGCAAAUAGUUAUCAUUUGUUGUGGUUUAUAUAUGGUUUAUGGCUGCCGUGAUGUGUAUAAUUUAACAAUUGUUGUAUAGAGGAAAGAACUAGCAUCGAUAAAUACAAUCAGCACUCGAUUAUACUGGUUUUAUCGAAUUUAUUAUUUUGAAAGUGAAAAACUAACAAAAUGGACCAAGACAGUGUACAAACCCGGCCUCCAGAGCCGAUUACUAUCACUGUCCUGAGGGCCAGGAACAUGAAAGGAACAAAGGCUGACAGUGUACAAGUGAUGGUAAAGGUAGAGUUUGGAGAGAAGACCCUUGGAGAUUCUCCCAAAGUGGAGUGUUCUCCCGAUGUCCCUGCCGAACUCAACUUCAGCACCACCAUUAACUGUACCUACGAUGAUCCACUGGCCCUGGAUGAAAUUGCACACAAACCAGUUGUCUUGACAGUUAUUGAAGGAUUGCCUAAAGAAAAGAAACAGAAGGAAGAAAAGACAGCUUUGUUGGGACAGUGUACUGUUGAUCUACUGCCACUUGUCAAAGGUGAAACAAAACACAAGUAUACAUUGGUGGUCAACCCCCUUCCGGGCUCACCUCUGGAAGGAAUCCCUCCUGAACAUGCCAAGCCUGAGCUGGAUGUUGUUGUCUCCGUCAACGAGCCACUGAUGGACUCUCCCCAGGCAAGCACAGGGAACUUGAUGACCAUAACCAUGGAGUCUCUGUUGUCCCCUCCUGAGUCCUGGACACUGGCUGGAUCCCAGUACUGCUACGCUGCGGCACUGCCCAUCCCAGUCACUGCUGAGAAAGAGGCACCAAUAAUCUUCGCCGGUGGAGCACUGAAGCCAGGUGCUGACAAGGAAAUUCCAAACAAACAGAAGAAGUGGGCCAUGCCAGGAUCAGCCCAAGCCAAUGCUGUUUAUAUUCCUGAAUGCUACAUCGCCAGUGACAGUAUUGAAGACGAGGACGGUGAACUCCGGGCCAAAGAGGACAGAGAUCACAGGAUGAUUUCUGAGUCCGAGAAGCUCCGAGUUCCUUGGAACACAGAGAGGAGAUGCUACAUGGAAAACUCGGCUGUCAAGAGUUUCCAAGACAAGAUUGCCAAAUGUCGUUACUGGCCAGUUGAGAUAAUGAGACUUCCACCUCCUGCAGCAAACAAGGGCAAAAAGCAUGCUGCUAGUGAUGAGGAAGGUUCCAUCAGUUACCACGGUGUUGCCUACGUUAACCUCGCCCCUCUGCUGUACCCGGGAGUGAAGAGAAUCCGUGGUGCUUACAGGGUCCACGCCUAUACUGACCAUGCUUUACAUGAGAAGACGAAGAGGAAGACAGGUUACGGUGAGGAGGCUGGUAGAAUAGCCUUCAACAUCCUAAACCGUAACAGUGCCUCACCCUUCCCCAAGAAGGCAGGGAAGGAGAAGGAUGAGAAGAAGGAGAAAGAAGUGAAGAAAGGGCGCUCCAUGAGCAUUGCAUCACAGCACCACGGAGGUCAUACACUGAACCCCCCAGAGGACCACAGUAUAGGUGCUAAGUCAGAGAUGGGAUCUCACAUGGCGUCUCAGACCAUUAAGUCGGACACUGGAUCCGAGGUGGACGGUCAAGCACCGGUCAAUGUGGAGGGUCAGCAGUAUGUGGACUCCAAGUCCUAUGUCAUGCUCGAGAUCUCGCUGACCAGUCCUCUGAUCCCAAAACGCCCUCCAGAGGAGCUCGCUAGAAGAGUGGCCGAGUACAUUCCACCCAGACCACUGUUUCCUAAGCGCACUGACGGAGCACAGAGGUCUGUGGAAGACUUCCAUAACCAAGUUGCUAGUGUAGCUAACCUGAUAUUGGAUGAAUUCAGGGAUCAGUUUGGAGAUGAACUGAAGCCAGAGGAACCCGAGUCUACUGAGAGUAUGGAGACCAGGAGACAAAAAUUGAUCUAUGAGCUGAACUCAUCCGGGAAGUACUUUGCCUUCAAGGAACAGUUGAAGCAUGCCGUGGUGAAGAUUGUCAGGGAAAAGUACCUGAAGACAACCACCUUUGACAACAGACAGGAGCUCCAGACCUUCCUUAGUGAGCUGUAUGUGUACCUGAUCGACCAGAUGCAUGUUGCCCUGGGCAGAAGUUUGGCCCUCGAGGACCAACCACCAGUGCCCUCUCCACUCACGGACUCAGCCCAGCUCAAGCACUUCGCCCGCGAGGCAGAGGUCAAUGAGAACUUCGAGCUGGCUACCAAGUACUACCAGGAGAGAAUCGCUCGCAACAAGAAUGAUCCUACCAACUGGUUUGAGUAUGGUACGUUCUGUCUGUACAUCAAUGACAUCACAAAGGCUGAGGAAUGCUUCAAGGAAUGCAUCGCCAUCGACCAGAAACACCUGCAGGGACUGCUUCUGUAUGGCGUAGUGUGUACCCUCCUGGAGAAACAUGAGGCUGCCGAGACGUUCUUUGAAGCGGCUACAUGUGUCGAUCCGCGCAGUAUCUUGGCCUGGACAAUGUUAGGUUUGUUUUACGACACUGUCAACAACGAGAUCGGAGCAGAAAUGGCCUACAUCGAAGCCAAUAAGCUAAACCAGGCGGCUGCAUGGUCAUCUGUCCGUCAACAGAGAGAUGAUGAGAUGGUGAAGGACAAGAAGGACAUGGAUGUGACUGGGGAAGAGCUGGAGGGCCCACAUCCCGGGGACCAAGGGGGUCUUGCACCUCCCCCAGCAGCAGCAGCAGCAGCGUCCGAGACCAAACAGCCGUCUCCGCCCUCGAGUGACAAGCCUCCGACCUCUGCCAGGUCAGGAGGCGGGCGGUCAAUGUCUGACCGGAGACAAUCUGCCACGCGGAGAUCAGAACCCCACCUGCACCCCGACACUUCCGGCACAGGAAGCAAGCUGAAGAGUGACAGCAGCAUGUCCCGUCCUGGGAGUCAGCUGAAGCUCGGUAGUCAGAGGGGUACACCCCAGCCUGCUGACGACACACAGGAGGAACCACCUCCAAGGGAGCCCACUCCCAUUCCAAAAUCCAGCGUGUACAUGCAGGCCAUUGAUUGGCUGCUUGAGGUCAAGGCUGUGCCUUUCACAGAGAGGGCGUUGGCCCACGAGCUGUUGACACCCACAGGUGGCCCAACCUCCAACUACCAUAUCUGUUAUGCCCGCCUCAAACUGCAGAAGAAAGAGUUCAGCGAUGCAGAAGAAAGUCUCACCGAGGCCCUUCAGUUUGAUCAUCAGAAUCCUGACGCCUGGGCAUUGUUAGGUCACGUGAAAUACAUGACAGGAGAUACUAGCAAUGCUCGCGACUGCUAUGAGCGCACCAUAUCCUUCGUGUCGGAUGCUUCAGAGAUGCACUCCAUCUACCUGCGUCUGGCCUCCAUAUACUUACAGGACCGUAAGUUUGAAGACGCCAAAAAUACAUUCCUGAUGGCAUGUAAGCGUUCCCCGUCCUGUGUAUCCUGGUUAGGUGUUGGUAUCGCCUGCUACAGGCUGGAUGAAUUAUCAGAGGCUGAGGAUGCUCUGUCCGAGGCGAACAUCCUAAACAACACAGACCCAGAGGUGUGGGCGUACCUUUCCUUGGUUUGUCUUAAGACUGGACGCCAGCUCGAGGCUGAACAGGCCUACAAAUAUGCCCUCAAGGUAAAUCUGCGAGAUGAGGAACUACUGGCAGAGAUACAGGAGGUACAACAGGCAGUGGGAUUCGGGAACCCAGAAUUUUAAAAUCAAUAGACUCUUUAAUUGUAUUUAUAGGAACUGCCAAUUCUUUAUAAUUUAUUUACCGUGAUUGUGCAAAAAAGAAGUCAACAACAACAACAACACAUGGAGGACUGAAGAGGAUUCUAUAUGGUGACGGUGAUAACCUAAAACGUUAACUUUCAGGAAGGAAAUUGGAAAGUGGAACUGUUAAAUCAUGUCGAACAGUUGGGAUUAGAAAAACAUUCUUUCUGGUGUUUUUGAGAGUUAUCAUCUGAUUGAUGUAUACUCUGUACAAUAAUUUGAAACGCUCAAAAAUAUAAAUAAAACAAAAAUUUGAUGAAUAAUUUAAUAAAGUGAAUUGAUUUUGUACAUGCUUAAAAUAAAUUAAUAGCUCACUGUAUAUCUGAUAUGUUCAACUGUAAAACAUAUAAAGAAGAUACUUUGUAACUCUCUGUACCUGCUAUAGCCUAUUAAUUAAAACAAAUCUUCUAUCAAAGA